UGUCCUUGGGUUGUGUCAUUCGCGGCAAACUUGAGUUCUCUCACGAUGCCGUCGUUUGCUGGCCUGAACGUUGACGAUACAGAAAUUAUUCCUGAUAUCCUGGAUCAGAAACCUGAAGUUGAAGACCAUCUGGGUUCGACAAUUAUAGUGGAUGGAUGUCCCGUCGUUGGCCCCGCUAAAUUUGACCUCCUUAAAAAGUUUUUACUAGAUAAAUUUUCAAAAAUCGGUCCGAUAGUAGACCAUGAGUUUCCUUUGGACAAUGAAAAGCAAACAAAAGGAUAUAUUUUCAUUACCUAUGAAAACGGAAAGGCAGCAUCGCAAGCUGUUCGGACCAUGAAUAAUGUUCCUUUGGACAAGAACCACACUUUCCAGGUUACUUUGUUGUCAGAUUUCGAACGAGCAACAAAUGUUUCAACUGAAUGGGUACCUCCACCUAAACAAGAAUACAAGGAUGUGGGUAAUUUGAAGAGUUGGUUGUUAAAUGAAUUUUGUCGGGACCAGUUUGCUGUUGUCUACAAUGAUGGCGAAUAUGGGUCUGUCUAUUGGCAUACUGCUGUCGAACCAGUCGUGGCUGAAGAACGUUCUCGUUGGACUGAUGGGUGGAUGCGAUGGUCACCCAGAGGGACUUAUUUAGCAACAAUGCAUCCUUUGGGUGUUAUUUUAUGGGGCGGUGAGAAGUUCGAAAGAAUUGGUCGUUUUCCCCAUUCGGGUGUUAAAACAAUAGAAUAUUCACCAAUGGAGCAAUUUAUGAUUACCUUGAGUCCGAGCGCUAAUUUUCCCACUGAUGAGCGCGCAGAUGCAAUCGUGUGGGAUGUGAAACGCUGUGUUAGUCGCCGAGAGUUCUCCGUCCCAGUCGACUUUCAUCCGGCUUUCAAAUGGUCUCCAAAGGAUGAAUAUUUUGCUUGCCUACGAGAUGGUGUCAUUAGUAUUUACUGUACUAGUAAUUUCAGACUUUUGGAUAAAAAGAAACUUGGGGGCAAUAUUCGUGAUUUUUCGUGGUCGCCUUCUGAUAAUAUAUUAGCCUACUGGGUACCUGAAUCUGACAACACUCCAGCCAGAGUUGUUCUAAUGGAUGUACCAAGUCGUCAAGAUCUAUGCACAAAGAAUUUAUUUUCCGUAGCUGAAAUCAGUCUUCUGUGGCAUGAGCAAGGUGAUUUCUUAGCUGUUCAAGUAUUACGGUGCGCAAAAAAGAAAUUGGAUGGUGAAAAGCAAGUGAAAUAUGUGGGUACCUACACCAAUUUUGAAAUCGUUCGUUUGAGAGAAAAAUUAUAUCCUGUUGAUCAGUUGGAAGUUAAAGGAACUGUAUCGAGUUUCCAAUGGGAACCUAGCGGUACACGUUUCGCUUUCUUACAAUCUGUAACGAGUGGAAAAUUAUCAGUUGCUAUUUAUGAUGUUUCUCGAGGAACUAAUAUUCGUGAAGUUACUGUUCUGGAUCUUGCCUCACCUAAAACUAAUGAUCUUCGUUGGUCACCUAAGGGUGGAAUUAUUGUGGCAGCAAGUUUAGGAAGCGCUGAUGGGACCCUGGAAUUCAUUUCAGCUAAUGAGGGUCAGAUAUUAGCUAAAGGAGAACAUCCAACUGUUAGCGAUAUACAAUGGGAUCCUACUGGACGAUAUCUAGCGACAACAGUAAGCAGUUUCUACCAGAAGAAUGAUAAUGCAAUAUGGUUUUGGAACUGUAUAGGUCGUUGCUCGUACAAAAUGAACUUACGUGGUAUUCGUACUUUCACCUGGAGACCACGACCUCCUACUUUACUCAGCGCUGAACAGUUGCAGAGUAUUGAAAAGAAUUUGUCAAAAUAUAAUUCACAAUUAGCCAAUGAAGAUCGUAUGCUUGCUUCAAAGGCCAGUAGAGAAUUGUUUGAGAAACGACAGAAACUAUUUACUGAAUUCAAUGCUUGGAAAAAUAAGCUUAUUAAAUUAUAUGAUCGAGAUGAAGAGGAACGCCGUAGAUUAAGAGGUAUUGGCGCUGAUGCAUCAUCGGGUGAGCCUCAAACAGAAGAAGAAUUAGAACUUUUAAUCAGUGCUGUACAUGAAAUAAUUCGUAAAAAUACAGAAGAAUAAAUUGAUACACUUUAUGAACGUGUUCAUUUGUCGUUUUUCUCUCCUUAACUAAUUGUACAAAACAAAAUGUGAAAAAAAUAUUGUUAGGAUUUGACUGUGCAGUAACAAAGCUUGUAAAAUCAUUUAGAAAAAAAAGUUUAACACACAAUAUAACGAAAUUGGCUUUGGAUUCUUCUUUUUUUUUUACUGAAAGUAAUAGAACGCUUUGUUUGCUAAGUAUUCUGUCUUGCGUUUGAAUUUUUCCGUUUUGGUGUUGUAAUGGAUUAUUUUUCACUAUAAGUAAUUUGACAUACA